AUGCAUCCACCGGAUCAGCACCAGAGCCAUCCGACAUCCUCGCCGCCACUACCUGCGACUUCAAAUACCUUCUCACCCCAGCUGGCUUUACAAGAACCCCCGGCACAGCACCACCAGCCUGCCCCCUAUGAAUCGAAUGAGAAAAUUCACCAACUGCAACAAGAUGGGAUUAUACCAACGUACUCGAACCUACCACCACCAGAACAACAUCCUGCGCAUCAUGCACCUCUCGCCGACAGCCCCGACGGGCAACCAGAUAUCCAAAUGUCGCCAUACUCUCCCAACCAGGCCCUCUAUUCUCAACAUCCCAUGCCCCUGAAGUUACGGACAGAUGCACCGACUCGAAGCAACACAGUGACCGUUGAGCCGGACGCCAAUCCUUUGCAGUCACCCUAUUCACCUUGUUUCCCUCCGCCGACCGCCACAACGGCAUCGCAGGCGGCCACGAUGGAGGAUUUGAGCUCGUUCCAUCAGCCGGGCCAGAUCAUGCACCCGAAUCAAGAGGUGCAAGGAGGAACCUGGAGCCACGGGCUGUGUGAAUGUUCGAAUAUCGGGACCUGCUGUUUAGGGAUCUUCUGUCCGUGUAUCAUAUACGGCAAGACACAGCACCGUCUCUCCAUGAAAUCGAAAAAGGAGGACCCGACCAACAUGCUCGGCUAUGGGACGUGCAAUGGAGCCUGCACGGGAAUGGCUCUGCUGUGCGGAUGUCAAUGGUUGUUGGCUACCAUCCAGCACACCAGAACCCGCAAAGCAUAUGGCAUUCCCGGCUCUAUCGUGUCAGACUGUGUGCGGGCAACCUGCUGUACCUGCUGCACGUUAAUUCAAGACGAGAAGGAGAUCCAGACGCGCGAGGAACAGCGCGACCGGGCCGCCAGAGAAAGAGGGGCCACGCUGCUCUCACCAUAUACAGCCCCGCGGCCCAUGUCCUAUGCGCCACCACCACGAUGA